AUGGAUAUUUCUGAUAUGCUAUUGACGAGAUUGCAUGAAGAAAAUGAGAAAUUGUUUGAUAGAUUGACGGAAAAAGCAACCUUAGUUGGAUCACCGCAGGUGUCAAGUCCCUCACCCAAAGGACCACCUAAUGUGCAGGUUCAGGACCUGGGAAGGAGAGAUAAUAAUAAAGGACGUUCUAUGGAUGUUGUCCCAUUGCCUCUGGUCAUGGAUAAGAAUGAGGGCACUGGUGCUUUGGUUAAAUCAGGUACUGAGAAGGUCAAGACAACCCCAGCUGGAGAAUAUCUUACUUCCGCUCUGAAUGACUUUGAUCCUGAACAACAUGAAAGUCUCGCUGCCAUUUCAGAUGGAGCGAACAAGCUUUUGAUGCUGGUUUUGGCUGCAGUAAUUAAAGCAGGUGCUUCUAGAGAGCACGAAAUACUUGCAGAAAUAAGAGAUGCUGUUUUUUCCUUUAUUCGUAAAAUGGAACCAAAGAGGGUAAUGGAUACGAUGCUUGUUUCCCGUGUUAGGAUUUUAUAUAUAAGAUCUUUACUUGCUAGGUCUCCAGAGCUGCAAUCCAUCAAGGUUUCUCCUGUUGAGCGCUUCCUGGAGAAGGCUAAUACUGGGCGUAGUAGAAGUUCCAGCCGCGGUAGCAGCCCUGGAAGAUCUCCUGUGCGCUAUGAUUCGAACACGAGAAAUUCUCUGGUUGACGAGCACAUUCAGGGCUUUAAAGUUAAUUUAAAGCCUGAAAAGAAAUCUAAGUUGUCAUCAGUUGUUUUGAAGAUACGGGGAAUUGAUCAGGAAACAUGGAGACAGCAUGUAACUGGUGGUAAGCUCAGGGAAAUUACUGAGGAAGCCAAAUAUUUUUCAGUUGGAAAUAAGGCUCUUGCUUCUCUGUUUGUUCAUACCCCAGCUGGCGAGCUUCAGCGUCAGAUCAGAACUUGGCUUGCGGAGAACUUUGAAUUUCUAUCGGUCACUGAUGAUUCUAUCGGGGGAGCAACUGGUCAGCUAGAGCUUCUUUCUACUGCAAUUAUGGAUGGUUGGAUGGCUGGACUUGGUGCUGCCCAGCCUCCCAAUACUGAUGCCCUUGGCCAACUUUUAUCGGAAUAUGCAAAGAGAGUUUUUACUUCUCAACUGCAGCAUUUAAAGGAUAUUGCUGGUACCUUGGCAACCGAAGUGGCAGAAGACUUGGCACAGGUAGCAAAACUGCGUUCAGCUCUGGAGUCUGUUGAUCACAAGAGAAGGAAGGUUGCCAGUGGCAUUGGCUUGUUAAAUGUGUUGAGGAAUAACUGGUUAUGCCAAUCUGCUAUUGGGUACAGGCAUGGAGGUUUGAUUUUGCAACAAAUGAGAAGUGAUGCAGCAUUAUUAACGUUAGAGGAUGGUAGUUCACCAAUUAGAAAUCCUUCUACUGCGACGGAGGAUGCACGGCUAGCAUCAUUAAUUUCCCUUGAUGCCAUACUGAAGCAAGUCAAGGAUUUAAUGAGACAAGCAUCUGUUAACACACUGAGCAAGAGUACGAAGAAAGUAAUGCUUGCAUCUCUAGAUGAACUUGCUGAACGGAUGCCUUCCUUGCUUGACAUUGAUCAUCCAUGUGCCCAGAAGCACAUUGCAGAAGCUCGUUGUACUGUAGAGUCAAUUCCUGAAGAGCAUGACCGGCUUCAAGAGACGUCGCAUGCUUCCAAACUGUCAACACAUUUGGGGUCUGCACCUGAAACGGAUGUGGCCCAAUGGAAUGUCCUCCAGUUCAACACCGGCUCGACAACCCCAUUCAUCAUCAAAUGUGGAGCAAACUCAAACUCUGAACUGGUCAUCAAAGCCGAUGCGAGGGUUCAAGAACCUAAAGGCGGUGAGAUUGUAAGGGUUGUUCCAAGACCAAGCAUUCUGGUAAGUAUGAGCUUGGAGGAGAUGAAAGAGAUAUUUACUCAACUUCCUGAGGCUCUAAGCUUACUUGCUCUUGCGAGGACAGCAGAUGGAACCCGAGCUCGGUAUUCUAGAUUGUAUAGGACUCUGGCCAUGAAGGUUCCAGCACUAAGGGACCUCGUUGGUGAGCUCGAGAAGGGUGGAAUGCUGAAAGAUGUGAGGUCAUGA